UUCCGCGACGAAAUUAGUCACGAGUGAGACGCGAAAGUAUAUACACGAGAAUAAUAAACACUGUCUUGUGUACACGAUAACAAACGUUUCAAAUUCUUAUUACUAGUGGCCAUUAUUUAUCGUGUCUACAUUUUCAAGAUUUAAUAGUUAAAAAUAUAUAAAGACUUAUUAACAAUAUUGUGAAAGAAAAAUCAGCAUAUUAAUUUAAUGAAAAUAAGGGCAUGUAACAAGAAUGUAAGUACAUUAAUCUAACAAAAGAAAAGAAACGACAAAACCUUCUUCGCGUUACGAGAAUACAUUUUACAUACAUCGUUUCUGAUAAAUGUGUAUGUAAGAGCUAUAUGCAAAUUUAAUCAUCGACACUAGCAUUCAACGUUACACCAGCUCUGUGAAGAAGAGAUAUAUUUAUUGGAAUAAAAAAAAGAUGGCUAGUUUUAAAAUUUCCGCACCGGGCAGAAUCGUCUUAUCCGGAGAACACUCGGCGAUGUAUGGAAAACGUUUUGUCAUGGCUGGUUUAGAUCUUCGUACCAACCUCGAAUUCUGCGAACUACCUAUGUCAGAAUUGAUUAAGAUAGAUUUUCCACGUGUUCAUCUACAGAACAGUAUACUUCACAGAAUUGUCGCAGACUAUUUUUCUCAUGAAAAGGUCUCAGAAAUUCGACCAUAUCCAAUCGAUUUACUCAGAUACGUGAAUCACUUUAUCGACAUGAACCAUUUGUGCGACACACGCGAGCAGAGAUUUAGCUUACAAAUGUUCUUCUACUUAUUUUGUAUGAUUAAAAAUCUCGCGAUAAAACCUUUUUACCUUCGCGUGUUUACGAAUUUACCCAGUAGUCCUGGUCUUGGCAGUUCGACAUCAUUCGCGGUUUGUCUGGCAGCAUGUUUUCUUCAUUGGAAGCGUUUACAGGAGGGUGAUGAUCAGUCUAAUGAAUUUAAUCAUAAUGAAAUCCGUAAAAUUAGAAAUUACGCUAAAUCCUGCGAAGAAAUUUUGCAAGAUCAUGUGAUUGCAGCGAUAGAUGCGCAAAUUUGCAUAACCGGCCGAUUAAAAUCCUGUCUACGUAAGAAUUAUAAAGAAUAUAUCACGGAGACCUUGUAUUCGAAUAUAGAAGUAAAGCUUCUAUUGAUUGAUUCAACUGUUCGCCAAAAGAGGGAAGAACGAGCGCAACAAAUAGCAGGGCUGACACAUUCACCUAGCGAUUUCAAUUCUAUGUUAAACAAAUUAGUCGAAAUGACAAAAACAAUAUUUAAAAGAUUUACUCAUAUUAGUAGUAUAGCUAAUAUCAACGAUUCUAAUGCCCAUGAGAAAGCUUACAAAGACUUGCAGGCAGACAUUAUGAAGAAUCAGCAACUGUUGAAGGAUAAUAAUUUGUCGCAUGAGGAAAUUGAUAGGAUUUGUUCGAUUGGAACUGACUUUGGUUUGGCAGGAAAGCUUACAGGUUUUGGAGGUGGAUACGUAUACUUUCUACUGCCACUAAUUACAAAAGAAGACAUCAAACGCAUAGAGACACACUUGUUGAAACAACAUUUCAAUUACAUAUUUGCCAACAUCGAUCAUAGUGGACUAAGAAUUGAUAAAUAAUUCUAUUCUAAAAUUAUAGCGAAUUUUAUAUAAAUGGUUAAAUAAUAACAACUAAUCAAAUAUAAGCAUAGAGCACAAUUAUUAAUUUAAUAAUUUAAUAAUCUUGUCUACGCAACCAAAACUAAAGUAGACCGCUGCCAUACAACACAAAAAAAUAUCUGCAAGUUUUGUAAGCAUUCUUAUGGGCAUUAGGAUAUUAGUUAUACUACUAAUAUAAUUAAACCUAUUAUAUAUUGUUUUAGCCAUUUCGACUAAUUUGUUUAGUGUAGAAUUUAAAUCGUCACGUAAGUUUCAGCUUUGCUAAUUGUUCCGCUUAUUCUUCCCUCUUUUGGCGCGAAUAGUUGUUACUAUUUAUAUAUAAUUAUUUAUAUAAAAUUAUUAUAAAA